AGGAUCUGGCAACCCGGCUGUUUCCCGGUGAAAAUAAUAAUAAUACUAAGAGCGGAGAGAUGGCGGCGGUGCUGCUGCGGCGCUUCAGUAAACUCAUACCGAGAAACGGCCUAAUUAAGACCUACUCCGGAGACUCUGUGCGAGUUGUGAUCCUCCCGAGCAGCAGCUGCUCUUAUGAGGACAGUGUCCGGAUCACAGUGAGCGGACUGGAGCCUCGGCAGCGCGUGGAGCUCCGCUCCCUCCUGCAGGACGAUAAGGGGGUGGUGUUCAGAGCUGCGGCCCGGUACCAGGCGGACGGGAGCGGGGAGCUGGACCUGAGCCGACACGCCUCUCUGGGGGGCUCCUACACGGGGGUCGAGCCGAUGGGUCUGUUCUGGUCGAUGGAGGCGGACGUGCCCCACAGUAAAGUGGUGAAGAGGGACGCCUCGACCCCCCUGUUCGUUCACAUAGAGGCUUCCAGCGGGGGGAAGACCCUCGCCCAGGCCACCAAUGAGAGACACUUCGCGGUGCAGGGGGUGAGGAGAGUCCCUGUCAGAGACGGCAGGAUCCGGGGGACCCUCUUCAUACCGCCCGGAGAAGGCCCAUUCCCUGCAGUUGUAGAUCUGUAUACUCUGGGAGGAAUUCUAUGUGAGCCGCGAGCAGCUCUGCUGGCCAGUAAUGGAUUUGUGACACUGGCUCUGGCUCUCUAUGGCUACCAGGAUAUGCCCAGAAAAGUAGAUAAGCUUGAACUGGAGUACUUUGAAGAAGCCUUAACAUUCCUGCAGAGCCUACCUGAGGUGAAGAAGACUGGAGUGGGCAUUGUAUCGAUCUCAAAGAGUGGAGAACUUGCCCUGGCAAUGGCCUCAUUCCUACCCAAUGUGAAAGCCACUGCCUGGAUCAACGGCAAUAUUGCCAAUGUCCUGUUUCCACUCCACUACAAAGACAUUGUCUUCCCACCUCUGCCAGUAAGUGCUGAGGGAAUAAUUGUAAAGGAUUCAGGUAUACUGGAUAUCAGAGAUGCUCUUCUUGAUUGUAUGGAAGAGGAGAACCGUGCCAGUGUCAUACCCAUUGAGCGUGCCAGCUGCAAUUUCCUGUUCAUCGCGUCCGAAGAUGACAGGAACUGGAACAGCGUCUAUUAUGCAGAACAAGCUUCCAAAAUACUUAAAGCACACGGAAAGACAAACUAUGAAGUGGUGACUUACCCAAAGGCAGGGCACUUUUUGGAAAUUCCAUACAUGCCACAUUACCCGUCUGGAAUCCACGCUGCAGUGGGUCAAGCAGUUGCUUUUGGAGGAGAACCCAAAGCCCAUGCUGUUGCACAGGUUGAUACAUGGAAAAGACUGCUGGAGUUCUUCAAAAAGCAUUUAUGAUGUAUUAUGAUAUUUCAUACUGUAUACUGAUAUUGCUUUGGAAAGCUACAUACCUCUUAUUGUUCACUAAACUUUAAUAAGUGAAGAUUAAACUUUAUAGCUACUUGAAGUUGUUGAUAUGCCUAAUAUGACAGUAUUUUAGAAUCAAACAAAUUAUGUAGUUUUUAGCACUUACAAUAAGAUUUAAUCGUGUGUUUAAACAACUACAGCACUGACAAAAAUGUGAAGUUUUGGUGCAGUGGGUACAGACAGGGUAUCAGUUUUAUGUAGGCCAGUCAUAUUACUUAACACAAGUGCAAUCAUGCAAAUCAUGUUUGUUAUAACAUCCAACAGAAUGUGAUUUAGGGACGUUUUUCACCAUUCCUUUAAGGGAAUAGUAUGCUACAUCAUAAAGUGAAAGUACAUUUACUGCUUUAGAAAAACAACAAAACUUCUGACUGAUGCCUUAGAGCUUUAGAGAGCUGCUGUGAUUGAGCUGUGUCAGUUGGGAUCUACUAAGUGUCAACAGUUAGGAAGCUAGACAGCUAAUUAGCAAAUUUGAAGAAUUUUAUAUUUAUUAUCUUUCAUAGACCGGAAUAUUGUUUAUUUAUAAUUAUUUUUAUGGCAUUUAAAUAUUAGCAAAAAUGUCAAUACAUUAUUUUAUGCUGACACACAAUGUAAUUGUAUCACUGUAAUGAGGGCAUGAGACCUGUCCCAUCACUAAGAUGGCCUAAAUUGUUUAAUGUAUGAAAUUGGAACAAAUGUCAUCUUUAUACCAGAGAAUAAAAUAAUUGCACAAUUACCACGUACCUUUAGGAACGGCUGCACAACCUAUUUUGCUUAUUCAUAGUUACCAGGUGAACCCAUGCUAGAGUUGGAAACAGAGUGAGUUUGCCAAAGAGGCAUCUGUGGAAAAAAAUGUGAUUCCAUUGAACAAAGCCAGUUGUGAAUAUUCUUACCAAUAUUUUAAAUACAUGACUUUGUAAUGUAUUUGUAAAGAUUCUGCAUGGCAAUAUCUGUUGACCCAUUUGCCUUUAGUUUGCUGCCAUCCAGGUCUAAUUAUGGCAAAUUGGAUUCAGGCUUUUUUUUUUUUCCAACAAAUUUCUGAAAUUCAUUUCACACAAGAACACAAUGCAUUAUGUUCCGUGCCUCUGUCUGUUAUGAAUUGUGAGUGAGAGCCAUGUUGCUUUAUUUCUGUAACAUUUAAUGUUUAAUAAAAACUGAUGUAUCUUUAUACAUUAAAAAUCUCCUCAUUAAUGGUGGAUGAGCACAUGGAGGAAUGUGGCUGAGUAAUAAAAACUUAUCUAUU